AUCGACCUGGAGCUCCGAGAAUUUUCCUGGCCCAGUCAAGCAUGAAAAGGGUUCGCCGAUCUCGAGAAGCCAGAGAACCAGGGCUGCAGGCACCUCCCCGCCUGCUCUCCCGCUCCUGGCACAACCGUCUGACCAGCCUGCCGAGCCCCACCGCCCGCGCCGCGCCCCCGGCCGCCCCCGGCGCUCCCCGGCUCCUGCGGGCAGCGCUGCUGCUCCUGCUCCUGGUCGCCGCCGGCCAGCGUGCCGCAGGAGAAUCCGUGGUCAAUGAACUGAGCUGCCAAUGCUUGCAGAUCCUGCAGAGAAUUCACCGCCAAGAACACGUGAAAUGUGAACAAGUCCCCAGGAUCCCACUGCGCCCAAACCGAAGGCACUUAAGUCCCGCCGCACCCUCCCGCUGCCAACGCUGGGGUCUUAGACCUUCCGGCCGCCCCACCCUGUGUGGAACCCGACCUCCUGUCUCACGGGAUCCCCUUCUCUCAGCAGAACCACAUUCAAGAAUGAGCAGAAAGCUUGUCUGAACCCCGCAUCCCCCGUGGUUCAGAAAAUCAUCAAAAAGAUGCUGCGCAUCUUUUUUCCAUGUACACAGACGACCAGAGCCAUUGGUCAGAAAUACUGGCAUCUGCCCUCUAAAAAUAAAAUCAAGGAAACCCAGGGGUUAGCUGAAGGACUAGAAAUUGUGAUUAUUAUUUUCACAAUUAAAUUUGCCGUUAAGAUUAUUAAUCUGCUCUGGUGCCAGAGGAUAUUUCAGUAUUUCAGUGUCCUCCUUUCUCAGGUCUAAGCCCUACUGAAAUAAGUGAGGGUAAAUAUAUAUUUCUUUCUUUUUUUAAAUAUAUAUAUUUUAUUGUGUUUUAGGUUUUGGGGUACAUGUGAAGAAUAUGCAAGAUAGUUGCACAGGAUAAUGUUUAUCUCACUCCCUAACGGGCUUCAGACCUGAAAACUGAAUCUCCCUGAUUUGAGGCACAGUGGAACUCUUAAGUCUUCAUGGUGAAGAGUAGAGACUUUGCAGUAAGACCCUCACGAGUUGUUCGAGGCUCUAUGUCUUAGUAUCCUGAGUCUUAACAAACUGUGAAAACAAUAAAAACUACUUCAAAAGGUUUGCUAUAAACCUUAUGUGAGGUCAUGCAUGUAGAUUUUUAACCCAUUUAUAACCUUUGUUUCACUUUUUGAAGCAAAUAAUACAGUUGUAAUCACAGAUCCUCUAUUUCUAGUUAAAUAGUAUCCAGAAGCCUGGGGUUUUAUUUUGCUACACAGAACAACUCUCAUACCGGUAAUAACCACUUAGUGAGGGGCUAGAAGGAACGACCACGUUUGAAAAACCAUAGAAGGGGCAACACCAACUGACCUAGAGGGAAGGAGGAAGCAUAUCAGCUGCAAUUCCUAAAGGAGGUCUAUUCUUAGAGGAAUCAAAAUGAAAGAGAAAAAAAUUAGUUCCUGGGCACACCUGGACUUUGUUUAAUGUGUUUAACUGUUUCUUAUGAAGGUAGUUCUAAUUAUGUAUGUAUGUAUUUUUCAAAGCCUGUAUGUUAAGGUUCUUUCUGAUAUUGAAAGAUAUGGAUAUGUUUGUUAAUUCACUGUAAUGUUAUUCUGAAAGUUAUUUUUUGUGUUAAAUCAAAGUUUAGUCCUUACUGUCAUCUAACUUGAAGAUGAUGGAUUUUACAUGUUCUCUAUUCGUUAAGUGGUGAUGGAGAGUUCACAUCAUGUCAGACAUUGUGAUAGUGGCUGAAAAUAAAUAGUGGGGAUCCAAGCUGAUAGAUCCCUGUUAAGAUAAAGGCAUGUAUGUCCCAUCUCUUGUAACUGUUUAGAAGAAUGUCAGUUGUUAUUUAUCAAAACUUCCAACAUAUCUGAUAUUGAAGCUUUAAAAACUACAAUGUCCUAAUUAUCCUUUGGAUAUUUUAUGUCUUCCUUGUGAGGCAUAAUGCUUUAUUUUGUAUUAAUUAUGCAAUGA